AUGCCCUGCUCUCCCUACUGCACCUCUUGCCAGCAGAAGCUCAUCAAGAAGCUGCAGGCUGAGAAAGCCUAUCAGGAGGAGAUUCAGUUUCAGGAGGAAAUGAAGAGCUCCUGGGAGAAGCUCAAGGGCUUUCAGGGAAAAAAUCAGAGGUGGCCAUCCAAGUCUUCUGGGAAGAGGAAGAGCCAACCAGUUCAGGAGGAAGCAGAAGCCUUCUGGAGGAACGAUAAGGAUUUCUGGAGACAUGAUCAGCUCCUCUGGGAGAAAGACAGAGUCCUUCUGGAUGAGGACAGAGUCCUAUGGGCAGAAGAAGUUCUGUGGGCAGAUGAAACAGCUUUCCUGGAAAAGAAAAGAGCUCUCUGA